UCCGCUUCCGGUUCCGCCGCCGCCCCCGGAGCGGUGCGUCCGUCCCGCCGCCGUGUUUCAAGGAGCUGGAACCAUGACGGACUCCAAGUACUUCACGACCAACAAGAAAGGAGAGAUUUUUGAACUGAAGGCUGAGCUCAAUAAUGAAAAGAAAGAGAAGAGGAAAGAAGCUGUAAAGAAGGUUAUUGCAGCCAUGACCGUGGGGAAGGAUGUCAGCUCCCUCUUUCCUGAUGUUGUGAACUGCAUGCAGACCGACAACUUGGAGCUGAAGAAGCUGGUCUACCUGUACCUGAUGAACUAUGCCAAAAGCCAGCCAGAUAUGGCCAUCAUGGCUGUCAACAGCUUUGUGAAGGACUGUGAGGACCCCAACCCCCUGAUCCGUGCCCUGGCCGUGCGCACCAUGGGCUGCAUCCGGGUGGACAAGAUCACGGAGUAUCUGUGCGAGCCCCUGCGCAAGUGCCUGAAGGACGAGGACCCCUACGUGCGCAAAACGGCCGCCGUCUGCGUGGCCAAGCUGCACGACAUCAACGCCCAGAUGGUGGAGGACCAAGGGUUCCUGGACUCUCUGCGUGACCUGAUUGCAGACUCCAACCCCAUGGUGGUGGCAAAUGCUGUGGCUGCCUUGUCAGAAAUCAGUGAGUCGCAUCCCAACAGCAACCUGCUGGAUUUGAACCCUCAGAACAUUAACAAGCUCCUGACAGCUUUAAAUGAGUGCACAGAGUGGGGCCAGAUCUUCAUCCUGGACUGUCUGUCCAACUACAACCCCAAGGAUGACCGCGAGGCUCAGAGCAUUUGUGAGCGGGUGACCCCUCGGCUGUCCCACGCCAACUCGGCAGUGGUGCUGUCAGCAGUGAAGGUCUUGAUGAAGUUCCUGGAACUCCUUCCCAAGGACUCUGACUAUUACAACAUGCUGCUGAAGAAACUUGCCCCUCCGCUGGUGACCCUGCUGUCUGGAGAGCCCGAAGUUCAAUAUGUUGCCCUGAGGAACAUAAACUUGAUUGUGCAGAAAAGGCCUGAAAUCCUGAAGCAGGAAAUCAAGGUGUUCUUUGUGAAGUACAACGACCCCAUCUAUGUCAAACUGGAGAAACUAGACAUCAUGAUCCGCCUGGCUUCUCAAGCAAACAUUGCCCAGGUGCUGGCAGAGCUCAAGGAAUAUGCUACCGAGGUGGACGUUGACUUUGUGCGCAAGGCUGUCCGGGCGAUCGGGCGCUGUGCCAUCAAGGUGGAGCAAUCUGCAGAGCGCUGUGUCAGCACCCUGCUGGACCUCAUCCAGACCAAGGUCAACUAUGUGGUCCAGGAGGCCAUCGUGGUCAUCAGGGACAUCUUCCGCAAGUACCCCAACAAGUAUGAAAGCAUCAUUGCCACUCUGUGCGAGAACCUGGAUUCCCUGGAUGAGCCAGAUGCCAGAGCUGCCAUGAUCUGGAUAGUGGGUGAAUAUGCAGAAAGGAUUGACAAUGCAGAUGAGCUGCUGGAGAGCUUUCUGGAGGGCUUCCAUGAUGAAAGCACUCAGGUGCAGCUCACCCUACUGACUGCUAUAGUGAAGCUGUUCUUAAAAAAGCCUUCUGAGACACAGGAGCUAGUUCAGCAGGUCCUCAGCCUGGCCACACAGGAUUCUGACAACCCAGACCUGCGGGAUCGUGGCUACAUCUACUGGCGCCUGCUUUCCACGGACCCAGUGACUGCCAAGGAAGUGGUGCUCUCAGAAAAGCCACUUAUUUCUGAGGAGACUGAUCUGAUUGAGCCGACUCUCCUGGAUGAGCUGAUCUGCCAUAUUGGGUCUCUGGCUUCUGUGUACCACAAACCACCCAAUGCUUUUGUGGAGGGGAGCCACGGGAUCCACCGCAAACACCUGCCCAUUCACCAUGGCAGCACUGAUGCAGGUGACAGCCCUGUGGGCACAAAGGCCACCACCAACCUGGAGCAGCCACAGGUCAUUCCAUCACAGGGUGACCUGCUGGGUGAUCUUCUCAACCUGGACCUGGGACCCCCGGUGAACGUUCCUCAAGUGUCCACCAUGCAGAUGGGUGCUGUGGACCUCCUGGGAGGAGGGCUGGACAGCUUGCUUGGCAGUGACCUUGGCGGGGGCAUUGGAGGAAGCCCGGCAGUGGGGCAGACCUACAUUCCCUCCUCCGUGCCGGCCACCUUCGCCCCCUCGCCCACCCCAGCUGUGGUGAGCAUUGGACUCAACGACCUCUUUGAGCUCUCCUCUGGCAUAGGCAUGGCUCCUGGAGGAUAUGUGGCUCCCAAGUCUGUUUGGUUGCCUGCAGUGAAGGCUAAAGGACUGGAGAUCUCGGGCACGUUCAGCCACAGGCAGGGGCACAUCUACAUGGAGAUGAACUUUACCAACAAGGCUCUGCAGCACAUGACUGACUUUGCCAUUCAGUUCAAUAAGAACAGCUUUGGGGUCAUCCCGAGCACCCCGUUGGCCAUUCACACACCUCUGAUGCCAAACCAAAGUAUUGAUGUCUCCCUGCCCCUCAACACUCUGGGACCAGUCAUGAAAAUGGAGCCUCUGAACAACCUCCAGGUGGCUGUGAAGAACAACAUUGAUGUCUUUUACUUCAGCUGCCUCAUUCCUCUCAAUGUGCUUUUCGUAGAGGAUGGCAAAAUGGAGCGCCAGGUCUUCCUCGCAACGUGGAAGGAUAUUCCAAAUGAAAACGAGCUUCAGUUCCAGAUUAAAGACUGUCACCUGAAUGCUGACACCGUCUCCAGCAAACUGCAGAACAAUAACGUCUACACCAUUGCCAAGAGGAACGUGGAGGGCCAGGACAUGCUCUACCAGUCUCUGAAACUCACCAACGGCAUCUGGAUCUUGGCAGAGCUUCGCAUCCAGCCGGGGAACCCCAACUACACGCUCUCCCUGAAAUGCCGAGCUCCCGAAGUGUCCCAGUACAUCUACCAGGCCUACGAUGCCAUCUUGAAAAACUAACAGGAGCUCAGCCUGUGCCUUGCCCUGCGGAAGGAGCGGGGAGGAAGGUCCUCAGAUCCUCCUUCACCCCUGGCGCGGGGAAGAGCCCUCCUGACUGGAAGCAGCUGUAUUCAUGUGUAGGAUUGCAGUCAAAGGCACUGAUUAAACAAGGUAGCAAUUAGUAUUCACGUGCUGAUGAUGAUAGGGAACAAAACCCCUUUGAUAUUUUUAGCGUCCGUGGAGUUUGUAACCACUGCUUCGGUGACUCCCCCUCGCCCCUCACUCCUCCCCUCUCAUGGGCUUCUCCAUCUUGUGCCAAUGCUCAGUGUUUUCUAAAUGGCUUCAGGUGUAGCUACGGUUUUGUAAAGCACCACUCAUUGAAAAACAAGCAACAACCACACGUUGGCUCAUUAAAACAAGGCAAAAGUGUCGAAAACUUAACACUGCACUUUAUAUUUUUAUACCUUUUUUUUAUUUUUUUGAGUUUUUCUAUUAUAAUUGGCUUAAAGGGAAGGCAGUUCCAAGGAGGUAUUGGGAGCCCUGCAGGGAUGCCAGGCUCCAGCAGGGUGAGCACAGCCUCGGGGAACUAGGGACAGAGCCAUCAUUUCAAGUCCCUGGAGGUGCAUGGAGCCCUAAAGAGAGGGGUUUUUAUUACACUUGUGUUGCCAGUCUCAGCUCUGCUUUUGAUGGUGUGUUUUCACUCCAGCCACCUCCCUGACUUGUUAGCUGCUAAGUGAAGAAGUGAGGCUGCUCUUGCUUGGGGAGCAGUUGCAGACCUAGAUUGGUGAUGGGACAGCAAAAGGCUCUUGCCACAGCUCCAGGUGUGGUCUCUGCAUCCUCACCAAACCACAGCCCCUCUUUUUCAUGUUCUUUCUGUGCCUGCUACGGCCAAACUGCCUUCUUGGCCAUCCCCUCAGCUGUGCCACCUUCACCCAGCGCUCUGCUGUCCAGGCAAUCCCCAGGGAAUGCAGUGGUAAAUCAUUUUGGAGAGGGGCUGCUGCUGGCAGUGUCCCAGGGAGCGAAGCAGCUCUCCCUGUUCCCCUGCUGUCCCCCAAGCCCAGGCUGUGCCACAGUGGGGGAGGGUUUGGGCUUGGUGGUGUUUGCACCCUGGCUGCCCAGGGGUUUCAGGUUGACCUGAGAGUUGAGCAGAUUGUGGAAGUGUUUCUUCCACUGACAGGUUGGCUCCUUGUGCCUACAGGCACAGGGUAACAAGGGCCAGUCGAGUUCCUGCUCUCACCUCUGUCCCGAGCAGCCCCGUGCCCUGGUCCCCCUUUUCCUACCCAUCCUUAGGGCCAAGGCUGAUUCCCUUUCCAGUCCAUGGCUGUGAACUUGCCACAUUGCAACCACUAAGUGCUGUGAAAACAGCAGUGGAAGCAAAGCCUCUUGCAUGUCCUUGCUCCAUCCAUAGCUUGUCCUGCUUAAACCAAGCCACUAACCAGAACAGCUUUGCCCUGCCCAGCAUGCUUUGAUGGCUCUUGUGCAUAGCAACCCCCAUGUUGUCUUUUUAGAUGCCAGAUUUAAAGUCAGUGAAUGUUUUGUGGUGGGAGCUGGUUCACCAGGGCUUUGGCACUGUCUGCAACCAUCAAGUGUCCUGGAAGAGACUCCAGCAUGGCAUGGGAGCCACAGGACCCUGAGGAAGGUGGUUCUCUAGAGUAGGAACCCCUGGAUGUGCUCUGGCUGGGGAAAAAGUGGAGCAGAGCUGGGGCAAUCCAGCCCUUGAGCCCUGUCCACAUGUGCUGGGAGGUGAUUUGCUCCAAGCACUGCAGAGCCAACAAAAAUCAUUAACAGAGCAAUUAAGGAAGCACUCGUGGCACUGAGUGCCAUGCUGUGUUGGGCAGGGAGGAGAUGGCAGAGGGUGAGGAGCAAACACUUAAGCCUCCCUCCACUAACCCACCAGUGUAGCUUCAACAUGGGGAAGGGGUGCUGAACACCCCUUUCUCUUGCCAGAUUUUUUCCCAGCUCCUCAGGCCUGUGGGUGCCUGUGCUGUGAGCAGAGCCCAGCUCCCCCAGGGCUGUUCCCUCCCACUUGCUCCAGUGUUCACCAUGUCUUCGUGUUGCUCUCCAGGCUUUACCUUCCCUCCCUUGUCAAUAAACUCAUCUCCACCA